AUGAUAACUGACACUCUCCGCGACUGGGCAUUGAGCUGGUCUGCCGCGGCCACAGUCUUCGCUGGAGCCAUCCUCGCCCAUGUCUUCCUUCGCCAGAGUCGUCGAUCGCGUUACCCGCUCCCUCCUGGUCCACGGCGCAUCCCGUUUUUGGGAAAUGCCCAUCAAAUGCCCAUGGCCGAACCGUGGCGUGUCUACAAGGAAUGGUCACACAAGUACGGAGACAUGAUCUACCUUGAGGCCAUGAGACAGCCGAUCGUUGUUCUCAACUCGUUCAAGGUUAUGCAGGAGAUCUUGGUAAAGCGAGCCGCCAACUACUCGGACAGAAUCAUCUCGCAUCCGGAUGCCAUGUAG